GUUAAAGUUAAUUGAAAGUAAUGUGAAUAUCAAUGACCAGACCAUCGAUAGUUGGACAAAUCUAAAUAUAGCCAUACUUAAUAAACAUUCAGACAUUGUUGAAUUUCUAAUUGAAAAGGGAGCAAAUUGUAAUGAAAAAAAUGGCAAUGGACGGACUGCUCUAAUGAUUGCUGCAGAAAAUGGUCUUGAAACAACUGUUGAACUUCUUUGUGAGAAAGGAGCAAGUGUUAAUGAAAUAGAUCAAUUGGGUUGGACUGCUUUAAUGAAGGCAUCACAGAAUGGACAUUUUAAAGUUGUUAAAAUUCUUGCUGACCGGGGUGCGAAUCUUAAUAAUAGAAAUGUUGAUGAUAUGACCUCUGCUAUGAUUGCGUCAUUAUAUGGACACACUCAAGUCAUUGAGAUACUCAUUGAAAAGGGGGCAAACAUAAAUGAAACAAAUAAAUUUGGAUUAACGGCCCUGAUAAUAGCAUCCUAUCAUGGUAACAGCAGUAUUGUUGAAGUAAUCGUAAAUGCAAAUGGGGACAACGUACAAACUGCAAACAACAUAGACCGAGCUUGGUUCUCUGGGUUGAAAAGCAAAAGAGCCCAUGUUGCUGAAUUAUUAACGAAACGUGGAGGUAAUGCCACUUUGGUCAACAAACAUGGAAUGAUCGAACUGAUUAAAGCUUUAGAGUAUAAGACCCGUGAUGCUGGUGAGCUUUACAAAAAAAUAGAGGCUAGACAUAUUUUGACAAGAAAUGAAAGCAACUGCAAAUAUAUUUCUAAUUUAAUGCCUGCCAUGAUAAAAUUAUUCUCGGGUUCACCAAAUGAUGAAGAAAUUUCAAUGGAAUCCAGCACAGAACCUUUUUGACCUGAUGAUGAUAAAGAUAUCGAUGCUAAAAAGGAUGAUAAUGAUGGUGGGUCUGGUACAGCUCAAGGUAUGCUUUGCUUGGUGUAGUAUAGUAAAAUCAUAGUAAUUAAUAAAACUAUCUAUUGAUUAGUUAAUUUGCACUUAAACAUUUCUAAAAUACUCGAUUUGAACUAAUAAAGGGACUUGUAAAUACGUUUUAAAUGUUCUAGUGAAAUGAGUAUGUCUACAAAACAUUGUGUUCAAAUUGAUUCAUUGAAUGAAAUACAGGCAGUAAAAAUAUACGUUUGAUGAAAUAGUUCAUUUCACAUCUCCAAACUAGCAGCUAUAACAAACCUGUUGUUUAUCAAAAUUAAUUUCUCCAAAUUAAUUUACUUAUCUGAAUCUAAAUUUUUGUUUAGACGGUUAAACGGGGUAUUUUGCUUAUCUAGUAAACUCAAAUGGAAACCAGGAUAAAAUGUACAUCGGCCAAGUUGUCGUAGCCAAACUGGUGUUACAAGGUCAAAUUAAUCUCAGCCCAGAUGAAGCCUAGAAAAUCUAUACAAUGUUGGAAAAACUGUCCCUCGCCAAGCUGUGCUCAAGUGUGUAAAAUGUAACAUAGCUUAGAUUAUACAAUACAGACCAAAUUAUACUCUUCUAACAUGGUAAUUAAAUUAAAUCUAAUUUAUUUUAAUGUGUAUCAGCGUUGUGAUGAACUAUGACUAUAUUUUAACAGUAAAUUGGAUGAAUUUUUAAUUUCUUUUCAAGAUAGUUCGAUACGUAAGUAGAUAGACAUUUAGGUAGGAGGGUUAGUAAAUGGGUAGUUUGAUAGACAGGCAGAUAAGUUCUUAGGUUGAUUGUUCCGUAGAUAUUAUCAGGUUAUUUAAUAAUGCUAUACAGGUAGGUAGGUAGAAUUGUUUGAUUAUUACCUUGAACAUCCAAUAAAGGCCAUCCUGUAGAAAACUUUUUUCUUAAAUGCUGCCCGAAAUAUGCCGCUGGCGAAAGAACGUCAUCUUUGCCGACAUUGCAAAUUUUAAGCUGUAGAGUUGGAUGUUUCUUUCAUGAAUAGUCAAUAUUUCAUUGGAAAAAAAAAAUUUUACGCUCACAUAAACAGUGUAAGGUCAUGAGCUUAUAGAGACGUUUAGAUUUUUUUUAACAACCAUCUUAAAAACUCAAGACAGUAGUCAAAAGCUAUUCGAAAAAUAAAUAUAAUAUGGAACGCAUUUUCUAAUAUCAUAAUUUGCUUUAAUAAUUUCAGUGUUGUAUUCAAGAAGUAGCAAGGAACUGGAAUAAUGUGGUGAGAAUGUAGUUUAUUAUCUGACUU